AGUAUCUCUUAUCUAUGAAAAUAAAAAUGGUUGUUACAUGUUUUUUGUAAUUUCUUUCUUAGAAAAUAAAAAUAUCUUCUAAUGUCACAAACCCCCACCUCUCUAAACGAACAGAGAGCGAAAGAAGGAUUUUUGAUAGUGAGAGAGACAAUGGAGAAAGAGGAAUUACGCAGAAGAAAGAAUGAGCGAUGCGAGAGAAUCAAAAUUGAGCACUGCAUGUACCUACUGCACAGCAGAAUGGAUUGCGGUUUCUUUGAUUUCAGGGUUGUUGUGAGUUAUUAGUGUUCUUCAGAGUUACUGCCUUGUGCUUUCUAUCAUACACAUUUUCUUUGAGGGUGUUUGGUUACUCAUUAAUAUUCACUGAGGUUGGGGUUGUCGAUUUUUAGGAGGAUUUGAUGAGGAAGUAAAUCAUGUUUGCAUUAUUUAGGUAAGUUAACUUAACCACUUUAUAAAUUGCUUAUUCAAAAAUAUAUAAAAUUCUUAAAGAAUGAACCAAUUCUAAAUAUAUUUUCUAAGAGGAGAGAUUGUUAUACGGAUCAUCGCAUUGAAUUUUUUUUUUGUUAAAAUUUGGGUUUGGAUUUUGUCCGAGAGAAAAGACAGAGUUCAAAGAAGCAUUUUUUAGAUUGACGAUUUGACGGAGGGUAUGGCAGAGAAGAUGUGAGGCAGAGAGAGGGGAGGAAGAGAGUGGCUACAGAUUGGUGAUGGUUAAGGCGGUGAGGAUAAAGAUGACUUGAGAGGUCCAUGGCUUGACUGAGAAUUUUCAACACAUGGCGAAGCACAAAUCAGUGGAGACCAAGGCGGCCAGCCAUUUAUGAAAGGGGCGGAGCAAAGUUAACAAAACUUUGAUCUGACGAUGAUUAAUAGAUGACAAUAUUACCCUGUUGGCAAGUAAAAAAAAUAUUCAAAAAUUAAGAUUCAACGAUAUUUACAAGAUUGUGCAUCGAUACACCGUGUACAUUGUAUGCUAGAGAUCAAAGAAAUAGAUAAAUAAAAAGAUUGACCCAAAAAAUCUCAAUCCACGGUAUUUUUUUCCGAAAAAGUACAUAAAAAAAUAGAUAAAACAAAUUUCCAUAAUAUUUUAUGUGACGGUUACCUCGUCCUUCUAGAAGAGUUCUACUCUUAAGACACCACAAAUCUAAAUCUUUUGCUAUUUCUAUGCUUUUGCUUUCUCUCGCUUUCUAGGGUUUCUGCUGUCAUUUCAGAUUCAUACUCUCUUGCUGAAAGGAUCUUAUACUUGAGAAAAUGUCUAAAGUGAAAACCAAUUUGGAUUUAAUCCAAUGGCUCGGAUAUGACAUGUCAAUUAAAGUUUUCUCCUAUUUGGAUAAUCCUGGUGAUCUUGUUCGUGCAUCUGCUGUUUCUAGUUCUUGGAAUGAUUUUGUUAUUGAAAAUGGUCUCUGCAAGCAACUUUGCUUGAAAAUGAUUCCUGAAAUAUCUGCUGUUGUUCGAAGCAUUGAGGUCGACAACAUGAUUGAAUCUGAUGGUGACAAGCUGGGGUAUUAUUAUACAACAAAACAGGAGCGUCUUAAUAGAAAUCAUAGAGUCUAUGCACUCCUAGCUUUUGGUCUCAUUCCUAUCGAUGACAGCUGCAUCUCACAAGCCAUAUGUGCAUCCAGCACGAAUGAUCACAUAAGAGAAAGCCUUACAAAUACAUUGGAUCCUAGGGAUAGUACUGAACAUGGCCCAUCAUAUUGGUCAAGUAUUGGGCAAAGGGAUCCUUCUGUUACCGAGACUUUGCUUUAUCGCCUCUUUUCCAAGAUAUGUCUUGUCACAGAGAUUAAUGUCCAACCAUUCCAAGAUUAUAUUAAUGAUGGCUUUCCUAUAUAUUCAGCUAAAGCUAUCCGAUUUAGGUUGGGCCGGGAAAGAGACCCCAUGGAAAUAGAUUCAAAGUUUGUUGUUUUACAUGAUGAAAUGACUUUUAGUAGACAUAUGAUAUGGACUUAUACUUCGCCAGUAUUUUCAAUGUCUCAGGAAAACAAGUUGCAACAUUUCAAGCUACCUGAACCUGUUCUGUGCAGUGGAGGUUUUCUGCUUGUGGAGCUGUUGGGAAGUGUUCAAAAAAAUGAAGAUGUUAAUUUAUUCUACAUAUGCAUCUCCCAUGUUAAAGUCGGUGGACGAAUACUUUUUCCAGAAUUCGUCACGAGAUGAGGAGGAUUCCACAGAUGGAAGCUGUAGCUUGAAAUAUUUCCCUCAGAAGUGGAUGAUUAAAUUGGAGUGUAAGAAAUAUAUGGCUGAACUAAAUUGUUUUUACAGUGGCACUUUCAAUGAUUUUACUAUUUUUAGCAAAUUGUGUUAAAUGACAUUAGUGAUUUGAAUUUACUAUAGCAUCGAUUACAUUAUGAAUUUGUUUAAAUAAAUAAAAUUUCUUACUUGAUGCUAGAUACCAAGUUGUUUUAUUUUUCCCUUUUAACUGUUUAAGCACAUAUUAGUUUUGCCUCAAGCUAAAAAUAUGAAUGCCACUCAUCAAAAAAUGUUGGUAUCUUUGCAAAUUUAGCAUUCACCUUCUUUGAGAUAUGUGAUAAAUAGCAUACACAUAUUUGUAGUUUUUAAGCACUUAUUUUAUUUUACUUUUGAAAUCUUAGUAUGAAGCCUUGCAAUUCAAAGAGACUAAUUUCACUGUUCAUUUACGGAAUUCUGUUUAAUUUUAAAGUCAGAGCAAAAUUAUAUAUAACUUAACGCAUAAAUUUUUGCACUUAGCGGGAUUUGAAGAGAUAUUGAGAGGAGCAAACUCUCAGGACUAAAUCCAUAGAGAACGUAAAUUCUUAUUGUUGUAUAAAUUGAGUAUAUCCUCUGCGCCCAACUGUAAAGACUAAUCUUCGAGCCGAGAAGGAUCAUAAUAGACGGUAAAGCUCUCUCUCAAGAAGUUUAACAAUGUUGCAUGUUUAGGAUUAAGUUCAAUCCCGGAAUCUCUGAUUAAGCUGGAAGAGACACCUAUCAUCUCAACCAAGUAUUUUCCGGAUAGCACUAAGUUUUUUUUACCCCUUA